UCAUCUACUCGCAAUAGAUUUCUUCCCGCAGGAGAUAAGGAAGGCUUUAGGUUGGCCUCUAGCAAAAUAUUGAGAUUGAAUAUGAAGUGAUAAACGUUAAUUAACUAUGGUUGUGCACCCCUUUGCCUUUUGUCCCUUUUGUACACUGGGAAACUCAUCACGAUUUAAAUUGAUCAUUUGAUGCCAUUUGCACUCUUAAGGUUUAUCUUUUGUAUUUUCGAGGGAAACAGUACUGCUGACACACACUUCUUUGUCAAUACUUGGAAACCGGAAUUUCAGCAAAUUCGUAAACAUCGGUCGAUUGUUAUGUAGAUAACUUCGCUUGACGUUAUUCAGUUUUUCAAACUUCCUGUACCGCCCACAACUUCUACAUGUAUAUUAGCCCGGUGGAUGGAGUUUGGGUAAUUGUAAUGAAAGUCUGUCGUCACAGCGGUAUAGGGAUGUAUUAUGCCUGAAGUUUUGGAAGGCUUCCGCCUUGUAAGCUCGAAAGCCAAAUCGUUGUCAAACAGCAAUGGUCCUUGUCAUAGUGCAUCGUUGUAUAACUCCUAAGGUCUUCGUUUUGUUGAUCAUAGCUGUGGAAUGGACAGUAUUUAGUGUCGAGGCCAAGAGGAUACGGCGCAACGCGGAAAGUCACCCUAAGCUUAUCCAACUUAAUUAUGUGACUGGGCAGUCAGCACGAUUGAUAUAUAAAUCAAAUGUCCUUGACUUUGACAGUGCUUUGAAGAGGUCACAUUGGGAGAAAGACACUCAAAAACUAAUCUCAAAAAUAGACAAGAUAUCUUUUGGAUUCAACAAGAAUAAGAGCAAGUUUUGGUUAAAGAUCAAGAAUGUGGAUGACAGUGAUUCAGGGAGAUAUUCAUUUGUAGUAAAUGGUACAGUUCUUAGGCUAUGGCAGCUGCACAUCCAAGAUUCUCCUCUGGAAUCCUGUGGAGGGCCUCUUGAUGCCAACGUCACAUCUUGUGUGCCAUUCAGUACGCAGUCCCAUCCAAAUUGUCCAUCAUUCCCAGGAAAGCCCUUGAAUGUUCUAGGCUCUUGUCAUCUUUAUAAUGGAAUGCCUGUCAUUCAAGUUACCUGGAAAGCACCUAAUACAGGUUUUGGUGAUUUAUGGGGCUAUCAGCUGUAUAUUUCUGGAAAAGACAAACACCCUGGUCACAAUGACUGUACACAGAUGAACAGAAAGGAAUAUUGGUAUUGGACCUUCUCUAAAAACAUCCGAUAUGGAGCAACAUACCAGAUCACAGUACAGAGUAUGCCAUCACAUCAUGAGAAUGACAACAAUCUAGUACACCUGAGUGUGAAAGUACCAGAGAAGUGUCAAUUUGAACUGUACAUGAAUUUGUCAGAGUGCUACUGUUUUAUAAACGUCACAGCAAAGUACACUGACCAGAAAAUUGUUCUAGAAUGGGCUUUACCUUUGAAAGAACAAUGUCAGAGUAUCACAACAUUCCAAAUUGAAUGGAACAACAUUCAAAAACCUCAAGAGUGUAAUGGGAAAGCAGAGGUCAAGGAAGGCUAUGGAUAUAUCAUUCAACUGAAAAAAGACAUUUGCAUGAGGUUUAACUACUCCAUUAAGUUAAGGGGCAAGAUCAACCAGACAUACACAAAAUAUGUAAGAACGACUGUGUUAAUCCCGCUGCCCACAGCACCACCACAAGUUAUACCUGGAGGGCAAUCAGAUUCUACUAAAAAACUCUUGAUAGCUGUUGUGGGUGCUUUCCUUGGACUUUUUAUUUGUUUCUUACUGGUGAUGUACAGAAUAUUUUUUUGGCAAGUACGUAUCAGACUUCCAGAUCACCCUCUACCAAGGCCUCAUCUAAAUGAUCCUUUGCUUGAGUCAGACAAGAAACGAGUUUUUAUCAUGUACACCAGAUGCUGCGAGAAGUGUAAUCAUGUAGUUCAUUGUUUUGGUGCUGUGUUGAAUUCCACGGAGCUGAUAGAGGCUAGUAUAGAUAUGUGGAAUACCUUGGAUAUAGCACCCAAUGUUCCUCGCUGGUAUGAAGACCAAGUGAAGAAUUCGCAUUGUGUGGUGGUUCUUGCCUCGCACAAAAUGUCAGUCAGAUGUCACAGCAGUUUGGAAGAAGGAGAUGAUCCCUUGAACAUCAGAUGCCAAUUAAAUCUCAUACGAGGACAGAUUUCUCAGAAUCCUGAUGUUCACAGAUUCAUUCCCGCGUUCUUUACCUAUAGUGGAACGAAGAAAAAUAUUCCAGAAUUCCUUUCUUCUCGCUGGAGUCACAAGCUGCCAAAGGAAGUGGACCGUAUUAUCUUUCACCUGCUCAAUGUCGAGAAAAUACAACCGUAUCGUACACAGCCCAUUAUUGUGAUGGGCGGCAAUGGUCAUCCAUUUGAUGAAAAGAAGAAAGAAUUGGAAAGAGCUGUGCAGGAAGCUGAAGCCUUUCACAGGAAUAACAACUUACAAAAUGUGUAACUCACACAACUUUUUCUUGUUUGUGGUGUGACAGAGCCAGUUUUUCCCAUCCCAAAUUAACAUGUCCUGCUUAUCACUUAUGGUUGAAGCCCCUGAUACUGCUAUUACAAAGUUUCUUUUGAGGUUGAUACAAUCAUUGAAUUGUCCAAGAAUGUUCUUUUUUCGAUAAGGUGGGAGAUUCUAUUUUAACCUUAAUUUAAUAAGUUUUAAUAAUGAAUGAGCAAGUAAUGAGUUAUUCAGGAGUGACGAGAUUUGAUGGUUUUCUGCCAUCCUCAUUCAUUUAGGGGUAAUGGAAGUGUUCUUAAAUAAAUAAGAGAUACAUAUUCAAAUAGAUUUGCUCUUAAGCGUAACGCUAUAUGCUACUGUUAGCAAAUAAAAGGAGAGAGCUACACGAUUUAUCUAUAAGUUGAAAGUAAAGUAUUUCUUUGGUUGAACUAAGGUUAAAGAAGUGUUCAGCAGUUUAUUUUUGCUCAUUUGUAGACACUCAAAUAUAUAUACAUAUACAUGUUUCAAUUUCUCCAUAAUACAGUGUUUGGUACGUAGAAGUAGAGCACGCUAUAUAUUGAGAUAGGGAAAUAAAAGAGACUAUUUUGGAUGAAA